AUGGGACCAUCUAAUGAUAAAAUUAAAAGCCUCGUCAAGCCCACUGCUUUGGAUGCCAUAGACUGGCUAGAUGAACACGAAGACGCGAAAGGCUUCCAUUUCAAAAUUUGCGAGCCUCGAAUUGAUGCUGACAGCGAAUACCACGAUGAUUUGGUGUUCUAUCUAGCCAAGAUUUCACGCUUAGUAGCUCUAGACGAAUUCAGCAUAGAGGCUGAGGAUAGCACCCGCAUUGUAAAGGUUCGACUUCGACUUUCCGCAGUUGCGGUUCAACAAAACAUGACUUUGGAGGUUGCUAUCCGAACUCUCUGCAAGUCCAUGAUGACUACCGGGACCGAAGGCAAACAACUCUUCGUCGAAAAUCUGACGCCAAGAUCCAUCUGGGGUAUCAUACCACUCUCUGAUAUCUUUCGAGCCUAUUGGACAGCUUCUUUCUUUAAUAAGAUUCUUUCAGAAGGUCCUCGCGUAUUCUCGAGUUUGGCGGAGGACAUUAUAAGAGAAAGCCGACCCUAUCUCAACCCUACCUUUAUGGUUUUCGCAUUUGCGGCUUUAGCCGGGCUACAUGAUUGCUUUCACCUUAUGCAACAUUUCUAUAAUCUUGACUUAGCAGAGACAUUUGACCUACCAAAUUUCAUCCAGAGAGUCCUCCCGACUGUUGGGGUUGUCUUCACCUUUUUCUCUCAAAGGACGUCAGCAGGUGAGUCUUUACGUGAGGAGAAGGAAAAGUUCGAUUUUUGCAUCCAGCAUUUCGUCCAGACCUACGAUGAGGUCCUAAACCGCUUUGGGACAGUUCAAUGGCACAUGUCGCUUCGGGAUAUGGGCUGGAUGCACUUUGUGUGCAAUAGCCUUUGCAAGAUGUCAAAUGCGGCUUCCAGUGUCCUUGUUUUGAGAGAGGACCUCCUCCAUGAGGUAAUGAGUGCCUCAAUUCAAAAGCAAAACGAUGCAGUCAAGGGCGGGAUAGUCGCCCUGGGAUCCCUCUGGCUUAGCCUUUCUAGUGUUACUGUUAGCGCUACUACUGGCUCCGCUGCUGCUGCUGCUGUUGCUGGCACCCUUAUUGUACCUGUCAUUGCGUCUGGUGUUGCCUUUAGUAGUGCGAAAUGGGCUUGGGAUAGUUACAGAAAGAAAAGAGAACUCGUUUCUGAGAGGGGCAGGUUCAAAACAGAGGAAGUUAACUCUUAUGCGGUCUAUAGCAUCGGGGCAAAACAGCCACUCGCCUUGAGAUGCAUGUCCUUCAACAGCCCAGACCAUGUAGACGUACUCUAUAGCUUGCGAGACGAUCGGAUCGUAGGGCUCUAUAUCUGGCGCGAUGACCUUACCGACCAACAGAACCGAGGUCUCAAGUUUGGCCCCCUUCACACAGUGGCCGCUUAUGGUCCAACCAAGAUAGCCGAGGUCAUCGAUCUCGCAGAAAAUGGUGGUUUCCUGCCCAUCAUCGACAGUCUUCCAACGGUCAAAUUAUCACUGUAG